UAGUAAGUCUGCUACGCUAGGAAGCCAAUUAGGCUAGACCCCCGCCUCACGCCAUUUGGAGGAGAUUUUUCAGUUCUCAAUUAAUUUGAGGAGCUUCCGCGGCUUGCAGAGGCUAGCUACAGCUUGGCGCGGUCGCUGUGGACUGCGCGAACUGAAAGUAACCGGCUUGCGGGCGCGCACAAGCCCGCGGCGAAUUAAUUCAUCAGUUGCUUGCUCGCAAGCUCCAGGCGCGGAGUCAAUGCCCCCGCCCAGCCCCAAGGAGAACCUGCCGACCAAAGAGAACAUCCCGCCGCGGCCGCGCGUCGUCGGCUCCCCGGUAGCUUCACCUUCGUCCGAGGCGCUGCGCGACGGGAGCAACGCCGCGUCGCCGCCCUCGCGCUUUGAGGCGCUGGGCAAAGGAAGCAACAGCACGCCGCAAUCGCGCUCCGUCACCCUCUCGCCCAAGAAGAACGUGAAGAGUACGAUGGCUCCGGCCCACGUCGACGACAAGCCGAUCCCACGGGUCGUGAGCAAGGAAGAGACCAAGGAGGAGCCGGGCGCCCCGAAGUCUCCCGCGGUCGUCCAAAAAAAGCACGAGCCCCCGUCGUUCCUCCGGGACCUGGUCCUCUACGCGGCGCUCGGGGCGUCUCUGGGCGCGGCGUUCGCGCUCGCGGUGCCGCCGCUGCCGCCGCCACCCGAAGCUGCUCCCUCGCGGCUGCUCAUCAAAGCGCCGCUGGCGCCGCCGCCGCGCGCCGCCGUCAAUACCCAGCUGCUCCUCGCGAAGGACGCGGAGAUCGAGCGGCUGCGGACGGAGGUGAAGUGGGCGCUCACCGACCGCGGGUCGGACGCGGCCUUUAAGCAAGAGCUCAAGGCGCACGAGCAGCGCACGCAACAGAUGCUCAAGGAGCUUUUAAGGGAGAAAGAUGCCCUCGCGGCGCGCGACACGGUGAUCGCAGAGCUGCGCGCAGAACUCCGGAGCGCCAAACUUGUCGCCGCCGACGCGGCCGUCGCGCCGGCGCCGACGCGCGGCGCCGCCCCACCAGCGCCGGGCCGGCGACGACGGCGCCUACGCCGCGCCGCCGUCGCUGCCGCGGUCGUCGUGGUCCUGCCGCCGACGCGGCGCGCGCUCUUCGCUUUCGCGCGGGCGCUCCUCGGGCGGCCGCCGCCGAAGGUCGUCCUGCUCCCUGGAGCACGCCCGCCGACGCUCGCUGAACUCCCGCCGCUAAGUUUCCCUGCCGUGUCGCACGCUCCGCGGCCACCGGCGCCGCCGUCGCUCGGGAACGCGUUCAAGGAGGCGAGGCUUGCGCUCGGCGUCUGGACCAGUGAGAGACUGCUGCGGUGGCGGGUGCGGCGCGCGGGCCGGGAGUAAGUAUGUGAUCACAACAAAAA